AUGAACUCCACCUUGGAUGGUAAUCAGAGCAGCCACCCUUUUUGUCUAUUGGCAUUUGGCUACCUGGAAACUGUCAGUUUUUGCCUUUUGGAAGUGCUCGUUAUUGUCUUUCUAACUGUAUUAAUUAUUAUUGGCAACAUCAUUGUGAUUUUUGUAUUUCACUGUGCACCUUUGUUGAACCAUCAUACCACAAGUUAUUUUAUCCAGACAAUGGCAUAUGCUGACCUCUUAGUUGGGAUAAGCUGCCUAGUCCCUUCUUUAUCCCUCCUCCACUACCCCCUUCCAAUAGAGGAGUCCUUGACUUGCCAGGUAUUUGGUUUUGUAGUAUCAGUUCUGAAGAGUGUCUCCAUGGCCUCUCUGACCUGUAUCAGCAUUGAUAGAUACAUUGCCAUCACUAAACCUUUAACUUAUAAUAGCCUGGUUACACCCUGGAGACUUCGCUUGUGCAUCUUCCUAAUUUGGCUAUAUUCCACCCUGGUGUUUCUGCCUUCCUUUUUCCACUGGGGCAAACCUGGAUAUCAUGGAGAUGUGUUUCAAUGGUGUGCAGAGUCCUGGCAUACCAACCCCUACUUCACCUUGUUCAUCGUGAUGAUGUUAUAUGCCCCAGCAGCCUUCAUUGUCUGCUUCACAUAUUUCAACAUCUUCCGCAUCUGCCAACAGCACACAAAGGAGAUCAGCGAAAGGCAAGCUCGCUUCAGUAGCCAGAGUGGGGAGACUGGGGAAGUACAGGCGUGUCCUGAUAAACCUUAUGCCAUGGUCCUGUUUCGCAUCACUAGUGUAUUUUAUAUCCUCUGGUUACCAUAUAUCAUCUACUUCUUGUUGGAGAGUUCCACUGACCAUAAUAAUCGCUUUGCAUCCUUCUUAACCACCUGGCUUGCAAUUAGUAACAGUUUCUGCAACUGUGUCAUUUACAGUCUCUCCAAUAGUGUCUUUCAAAGGGGACUAAAGGGCCUCUCGGGGGCCGUGUGUACUUCUUGUGUGAGUCAGACUGCAGCCAAGGACCCUUAUACAAUUAGAAACAAAGGCCCCCUUAAUGGAUGACAUGUCUGAAGCAGCUCAGAUUCCUAGUCAUUCUGUGUGCGGCAAGUUUUUUGGUUGUUGUUCUUCCUUUUUUAUCUCUUUGUAUUCCUAGUUUGCUAGGAGAUCUGGGACAGAAUAAUUUGACUGUAAGCAGUAACAAGCAAAUGAUCUAUCCAAAAUAUCUUCUAAGUUUGAUUUCCUACAUGUGAUUUGAAUCAGAAGAAUCAGGAUCAUGAAGAAAAAAUGUUCGUUUCCAAUUUUUGAAAUGUCAUGGAAAUGACUACACUUCUCAGAUUUAAAAGGAAUAAAGCCAUAUUUAACACCUCUCCAGCUGGCGUGACUGAACUUGGGUGUGAAAAGCGUCAUUUUUAAAAGUCAUUUUCUUGUUGCUUUUCUAGAUUCUUUUUAACUAUUUGAACUUCAUGUACAGUUGAUAUCUUUAACAGGAAAUAUAAAAUAUACUGAUGAAUUAACAGGGUUUUAAUUUUUGUUCUUUGUGUAGAUAGGCAAUGUUUUGCAUUGUAUUCUCUUAAGAGAAUUCUCAAUAAAGUGAAUAAAAAGAACAUUUAAAUAUUACUUAUAGAAUUUUGAGAUAAACCAUGAAGCAGAAAUUCAGACAACUUACACAGUUUAUGAAAAACUGAGCUACUUUUUGUGCCAUGCUUUACAGAGAUCUAAAGAUAUGUGUGUUUAGAAGUCAUUGCGUUGCAGAAGUUUGGCCCAUGGCUUUGUUUGUGUAUAUUGAGAAUAUUUAAAUUGACUUAAAGUUCUCUUUAAUAGCACAAUAUAUUUAAAUAAGCUAAAAAGUAAAUGAUAGGCUUAUAGUUUAUAAUGUGGAAAUAUAUAAAAUGUGACUAGUGGUUUUUGUUCUUAUUGAAAUUUUUGUUAUGUUUAAAGACUUUUUCAGACUUGUUAAGGUUUUAAAAUAUUUCAACAUUAGAAAGAAGGGUGCCCAAAGUAACUGAGUCAAAAAAUACAUCAUUGAAAUAACUUUGUGGUAGAGUAUGUCCUUAGCAUAUGCAAAACCGUGGGUUAGUUCCCCAGCAUCAGGAAAACACACGCACAUGUGCAUGAUGCCAUACUAACUCAUUUUUAAAAUAGAGGCAGUUAAUUAAGAUAUUCUCUUUGUCGGUAAAUAAGAUCAACGAAUAUAGUAGCAACAAACUCAUUUUGAAAAGCAUUCUUUAAGCUAGUGUUAAGAAAUCCACUCCGAAGGGGAGAAAGGAGCAUUCUAGUUAAUCAAAGUCUUUUUUACUCCCAUUCUCUUUCUGGGAAAAAGUCUUUUUCUUUUUUUUCCUUCUCAAAGUACUUCCAUAAUAUGUAGGAUUUUAUCAUUGUUCUAGUGUUAUUAUUAGAGUGGUGUGAUUUCUGUGUAGUAUUGUGUUUUUUCUUAAAAGUGAUUAUCUUUAAAGCAAGAUGUUUAUUUUUCUAAAAAGAGAGGAUUUCCAGCAGUUCUGCUCAUGAGAGUAUUUCCUCUACUUACUUUUCUGCUGGUUUUAGUUUUUACCAAUCUUCAGGAGACUUAUUCAAUCUCUGCCUUUGGCUAGAUGUUGAAAUCUGAAUGCAGAAUGAUGGUCAGUGAAAUGGAAGGUGAUAGAAACCCAAGGGACAUGUAUAAAAGUGUAUUUCUGAGUCCAAGAAAGGACAUAGAUAUUUAUAAAGCAGGCAGAUAUGUUUUGGUUUUCCAUCCUCAUGUUAGAAACUUCCUCCUU